GCUGGUGUAGUCGAAACUGGCUGGAGAGGUGGAGUCUUUUACUCCCUGAGUAGCAACAGAGCAGAGCCAGUGCUGAAAUUUCCAACCGGAGCUCUUUCACACGCCAGCUUUUGUUGACUGCGUUGAGUUGCUCUUUCUGUCCAGUACCUUGGGAAAUGUGGGAUGACCGUCGCUGGGGACUCUUCAAGCGGAACCUUCAGCCCACCCUGACCCUGUGGAGCGCCUUCUGCUCCUUCGGGCUCUGCAUGGCCUUCCUGGGACCGACCCUGCUGGAUCUCCGCUGUCAGACCCACUCCAGCCUGCAACAGAUCACCUGGGUUUUCUUUGCACAGAACUUCUGCGUCCUCGUCGGGACCAUCAUUGGUGGCGUCUUCAAGAAAACGUUCUCCUGCUCCCUGAGUGCUCUGUUUGUCUCCACUCUCCUGAUAUCAGCUGUAUUUUCCAUCAUCCCCUUCUGUAACAAUGUGAUUAUCCUUGCCUUCGUCCUGGCUGUGGCUGGGUUGGCCAUGGGCUGCAUCGACACCAUCGCUAAUCUGCAACUGGUUCGCAUCUACCAGAAGGAUUCACCUGUCUUCCUGCAGGUUCUUCACUUCUGUGUUGGUUUUGGUGCAUUCCUCAGCCCCAUGAUAGCCGAUCCUUUCCUUUCUGAAACAAACUGCAUACAGAACAACCGAACUGUGAAUGGGUCUUUCUCUGACUUGACCCACAUUCGGAAGUCCCUGGUCCCACACCACGUCGUCAAUGAGACCCAGUUUGUGCUUCCAACGGAUGGGCUUGUCAUCUCGCAAGUGUCCUAUGCCUUCUGGAUCAUGGCACUGAUCAAUCUGCCAGUGCCCAUUGCUGUACUUUUCUUGAUGUGUAAGCAGGGAGUUGGGGGUUGCUGUGGAAAGAAAAGUGUGCCACUCUUACCAGCUGAGGAGCUGCCCCCUGACCUGCAGAUGGACAGAUUAGCUCCAGCACAAGAGAGGACGUUGCAUGCUAAAGACCCUGAUGGUCUUAUUGAUUGCCUCAAGGGAUUGCGUCUUCAAGAAGCUCCUUGCACUUUCUUUGUUGUCCACAUUAUUGGGGCUGUCGUGCUUUUUAUGACAGAUGGGAUUUUGGGAGAGUACUCUGGAUUCGUAUAUACCUACGCUGUGGAGAAACCUCUGUAUAUCGAGCCAAGGGUAGCCGGCUACCUCAGCAGUCUUUUCUGGGCUUCAAUCACACUGGGCAGACUGGCAUCUAUCCCAGUGUCAGGAAAGUUAAAACCUGUGACUAUGGUGUUCAUAAACCUGGGUGGAAUUAUUGGCACCUUUGUCUUGAUGCUGUGUUUCCCAGUGAGUGUUGUUUGUCUUUACGUGGGUACAGGACUUCUGGGAUUUUUCCUCAGCAGCACCUUUCCCAGUAUGUUGGCUUAUACCGAAGACAUCUUGAAUUACCAAGGAUGUGCGACAACUGUACUGGUAACUGGGGCAGGAAUUGGUGAGUUCGCCCUCCAGAUGCUUGUUGGAUCAGUUAUUCAGUCACCUGAAACUGAUAUAUUUCUUGUGUGUGGACUAACAUUUGGCUGCCUUGCUCUUCUCUUCUACCUGGUUCUUCUACUGGUGCACAGAUUACACAGUCAUCAGACCAUGGCAGCACCUUCGAAAACAGGCACGAUAGAGGAGUCAAAGUUUUCGUACCAGAGCUGAGGUUUAGCAAGCGACCGGCCACUGUAACAUGCAGUAGUUCUGAACAGAUCCAAUGCAAUGUUGGAAUAGACUGAAUGCCAGUACGGGCUUUAACAAUGGACAUUACUGUGUUAAAUCGCCGAUUUGAGAAGUGGCCUGGUCGCUUUUGUGUAUACUUCUGUUUUAACUGAAGCAUCUCACUAAUUGAUGUGGCUGCAGUAAUCUUCCUAAGAGAAUGGACGUUGAAGGUAUAAUGUACCAGAGAUCAACUUAAUAAUCAUGUGGAACCUGAAUUAACUGCUUCAUGUCUUUUUUUAAAGUAGAACUGUUUUUUUAAAAAAUACACACACACUUGAUUCUGUCAGGUAAAUGAUCUUUCUUGCUUAAAUUUUUUUUUGUUGAAAAUAUAUUGCCAAAUGUCAAUAGAGUGAGAAUUUGGAACAUAUAUUUGCAAUUUCAUUAAUGGUAAAAAUGAAGGUUCUUAAAGUAGAUGCAAUGUACAAAAUCCUAAUGCAUUAGCCCUGAAGUUCCUCCUUCUGUAUUUCUUCACAGAAGACAGUUGAAGUUAAAGGGGUCUGUAACUCUGUUACAGCUUAAAUGUAAUUUUAUCUCUUCAAGAGAGAGUAGGAGAUUAGCAAGAUGACAUUCUUUGUCCGUCUGUUUUGCUGAGCUAGACAUGCUGGUCGUGGUGAGAUGUUGCUUCAAUUCCUUGGGACUUAACUAUUAGAGAGGCCCCUUCCACCACAGAGACAACAGCAUUCCAAGAUUAAGGCCUACUGCCACUUCCUUCUCCAGUGAAUCUUGGAAUUGGCAAUAAAUAUCAGCUUUGCCAACAAAAACCUACACCUGAACUAAUCAGAGAUAAUGGGAACUGCAGAUGUUGGAGAAUCCAAGAUAAUAAAAUGUGAGGCUGGAUGAACACAGCAGGCCAAGCAGCAUCUCAGUGCUCCUGAAAUGCUGCUGGGCCUGCUGUGUUCAUCCAGCCUCACAUUUUAUUAACCUGAACUAAUCUGGUUGUUGCAUGUUCCCCUUCCUGAAGACUAUUUGUGCUUUGGGUUUUCACAGCAAUUUCUAAGCUUGCUGUUUUCUGAAUAGUCUCAAACCAGCCUUUGCCAGAGUUGCUAUAUCCAAUUGCCAUGAUGGGAUUUGAAAAACCACGUGCUGAAUUAUGAGUCCAAUUUUACAGCAGAGAGAGGAAUUUCUGGCAAUUCUGUUAACUAUUUGCAUGCUGGUUUCCUUCCAUUCUCACAAAAGGGGGCUAGAAAGAUGAAAAAUACUUGGAUACUCAAAGAACUGUAAUCACUGUUGUAAUGUGAAGAUUGAAGCAACUAUUCGGUGUGCAGCACAGGUAACUUCAGUUAAUUUUACUAUGAUUGGCAGAGGGAGGAAUAUUUGCAAAGAUACCAGGAGAACUUAAGAAAUAGGAGCAGGGGGUCAUUCAGCCCUCGAGUUGGAAGGUACUAUCAAUGAGUCUAUGAGCAUACUCAAGUCUGACAUCAGUAGUGUUUUGAUACUAAGAAAAUCAGAAGCUAGGACAAGAUAAUGGAGUUAAAGGAGAAGAUCAGAUAUUAGGGAUAGACAUUAAGUUUGUCCUAGCCAUCAACACUUUCCUCCUGUGAAUAAACAAGAUGAAAAAGUUACUCUCUGAUGAAGGGUCUAGGCCCGAAGCGUCAGCUUUUGUGCUCCUGAGAUGCUGCUUGGCCUGCUGUGUUCGUCCAGCCUCACAUUUUAUUAUCUUGGAAUCUCCAGCAUCUGCAGUUCCCAUUAUCUCUGAAAAAGUUACUGUCGGAUUAUUAUAAUAUCCCUGAAUGCCCCUCCCCACCAUAAAUAUCAAAUAGAAACCCAUUCAUUCGAAAUUCUUUGAGGAUUACAUUGGCACUGGGAUCAGAGGAAAUCUGUACUUUUCUUUAUCAUAUUAUUAAUACAAGAUAGUCAUCUCUCCCUCAUCUCAGAAAUGGGCUGAGAAUAGAAAUCUGAGAUAUGGUUUUCCAAGGAAAUUAAUAAAGCCUCUGAGAGAGAGAAAAUAUGCAGAAUUAAAGGGAAAGGGCUGAAAAUUACUCCUUCAAGGGAAAUAGUAAGGACUUGAUGUUCUAAAUGGUCUCUUUCUGAGCUGUAAUUGUUCUAUAAGCCAAUAAGAUGACAAUACAUUGAAGUAGCAGCGUAUUCCCUGGCACCAACAGGGCAGUAAAUGAAUAUGGAGUGCAUGCCAUUGAUACGACCUACAUUAUCUGACCCUUUAGCUGAGGUUACAAGGUCUGUGGGACCAAGUUUGCUUUAAUUAUAUUCUCCUGUGUAUAUUCUUGUCCUGUCUGAGCCUUGAGGAAAAGGGACCUUGCUGUUGCUCAUCCGACCAUGUUCCCAGACUGACAUCACUGAAAAAUGCACGAGAAAACCCAUUUAUUGACAUUUGAUCAAUGAAGGAGAGGUUAUUUGAGCCCUGCUUCCCAUUGCCACUCAUGCCUCAGUGAUAGUGCCCAUCCCUCUGAGCCAGAAGACCAGCUGCUUUCUAACUUUUUAGCACAAAGUCAAUUGUAGUGCUGACAAUGAAGCUUUCUCUCCCCUUUUAAUGCCGUGGGUUCUCCUACUUGCCCCUGUUUUCAAAGAAGAGCAGGGGAGUUCUCCCUGGUGUUCUGGAUUAAUAUUUCUCCCUGAAUCAACACCCUCAAAAUGACCCACAAAUAUCUGCCCGUUAUCGCAUUAAUUGUGAGUUGCAUUUUCUAUAUUACAGCAGUGACUGCACUUUAACAGCAUUUCGGUGACAGUGAAGCACUUUGACAAGUCUUUGUCUUUUUAAGAGUUGAGAUCCAGAACUAAUUUAUUAGUCACUAGCUGCCGCACUCACAGCACAAUAAGCUAGCUGGAAGAGUUGCUAUGUCGUGGUAACAGUUAGCUGUAGGCUCUUCUGGCACAUCGGUAAUGUUCCUACUUCUGACCCUGCAGGCUCAGGUUGAAGUCUGACCUGCUGCAGAGGUGUGCAAUAAUAUCUCUGCACAGGUUGAUCCUGUUGUCCAAUACCAUCAGGGCUAAAAGAAAAACACCAUUUGUAACACUUGAAUCAUAUAAAGUUGCUCUAAAUAAUGUAGCUUGUUUUUGUUUUCAUUCUUUCACCUGUGCAGUGUUGCAGAAAGUCGAUAUUUCGUUUUUUUUGCCUUGUAGACUGGAAAGGAGAUGCUUUGUGUUUUGUUAUUUAAAAAUGUUCUUUAUGAAAAUUGGUUGUAUUUCAACAGUUGGACUUAAUCAGUGCACUGGAUUCAGGAUGUGCCUUGUGUUCUGACAAUGAAGGAAAUGUUAGAUAAAAUAUAAAUAUAUAUAUAUAUAUAUUAAAGAUGUUAUGAAAAAC